AUGAAGGUAUCUGUUGUGUUUGCCCUUUUGGUGGCCGUGGCGUCGGCAAUUCCUCAGGAAGGCUACAACUACCAGGCACCAGGAAGUCAAGGAUCCCAGUUCCCAACCGGGGCGGGACAAGCACAGUACCCCUCCGUGCCCGCCCAGUACGCCUUCCAGUGGGAUGUGAACCAUGAGCCUUCAGGGAACUUCUACGGCCACAAAGAACAGAGGGAAGACGCCAAUACUCAGGGAAGUUACUACGUCCAGCUACCGGAUGGUCGCCGUCUUCUGGUCGAGUAUUACGUGGACGCCACCGGUUACCAUCCUACCGUCACCUUCGAGGGAGAGGCGCAGUAUCCUUUAGGAGGGAAUCGGGGAUACGGCCAGUCCGGUCAGGGAUCGAGCCAAGGGUCUCCCUCACAGUUAUAUGGCCAACCAUCGAAACUGGCAGCAGUUCCCCUGUCGGAUUCAGCUGGAACACGUGAAGCAGGCAUGAAGACGGUAACAGUUCUCCUGUCGGCGGUCGCGCUGGUGCAGGCGGUUCCCCAAGGAUACAACUACCAGGCCCCAGGUGGUCAAGGGUCCUUCUCCGGGUCGGGCCAGUACCCAUCUGCCCCGGCAAGUUACAACUUCAAGUGGGAUGUUAACGACCCCCCUUCUGGAAACUCUUUCGGCCAUCAGGAGACGAGGGAGGAUAUUAACACCAAGGGAAGGUCAGUCGCCGACAAAGUUCCCAACCUAACAGAAGAUAUAGAGCAAUAUAGGGACGCUGGUUUUGUAUUCAAGAACAGCUACUACGUGCAGCUCCCCGACAGCCGACGCCUGUUGGUCGAGUACUACGCCGAUGCCUCCGGAUACCACCCUACCAUCACCUUCGAGGGCAAGGCGCAGUUCCCCACAGGUCCGUCUCGAGGCCAAGGUCAACGCUACUCCCCGGGAGGUCGCAGGCCAGGUCAAGGCCAGGGUCGGCGCCCAUCGCAGUCCUACGGUCAGCCCUCAGGGAAAUGA